AUAAAUGGGGCAACAAUGAAGAGCUUUCAAAGUGACAACAAGCAUAAAAAAGAGUAGAAUAGGUUUCCUUUAGGCGUGUAUUUGCCUUUUGAUUUCUUUCUCUUAGUUCUUGUGAAUAAUUGCUUAUAAACUCUUCUUUCUCUUUAAGAGCAAGCAAUGUGGGACUAUCCAUGGCUUGAUCUUAAAAAGAAGAGAAGAGAAAGUGAGCAUUCUAGGCGUGUAGGAGUUAGUAGCAUAGCUAGUUUUCAUAUUUUGAACUAUAGGAGAACUAGUUGCCUUAUAAACCCUUUGGAGUGGAGAGAAUUGAGCAAUGUGGGACUCAAAAGUCCCUAGAAGACCUGCAGUAGCUGCUGGACGGACUACACCCUCAAAAGUCCCACAUCUCCUAGAUCUUGCAUCUUAGCUCACUCCAAAGGUUAUAUAAGAAGGCUUAGGGGUCUCCUUUUUGUACACCUUACCUUGAUUCAAUGAAUUUGAGUUGAUUUGCACUUUUGCAAUCCUCUUUGAGAUAGAAUUCUGUCUCUAAAGUCCCAAAUUUGGGCAGACCUUAUCUUGUUCAAGCAAGUGGCGGUCCUCCUCUUGAUGCUUAUCUUGGAAGCUUGUUCAAGUGGCGCAUCUUCAAUUCCUAAGUUUCCUUUUCCUUAAUCUCUUCCAUUUUUAAUUUCUUUCCCAUUCUCUUAAAUGUCAUUUAGUAUAUUCUCUCUAGGUAUGCACUUCCCCAUCAUGUGGUAUCAUGAGCCUUAGGUUUUUGAUCUCUUAGGAAUUGCAUGCUAGAGUAGAAUAGGUUAGAUAUGUUGAUUUUCGCUGAACAUUUUUCUGUCUCGCCCAGCUCUGCGUGAAAAAUACAGUCAACUUGUAUGAUUUAGUUUAGCUUCAUUUCUUGUCCGUUUUCCAUGCAAUUUUUUUUCAAAUUUUCGUCUGGAUGUCUAGUUUCAUGUACAAUUUUUACUUUGUUCAAAUUCGUUUUGUGCUAUUCCCAGUAAAUGUUUUUCUCCACUGUGUUCAUCCAGUUUUCUGCUGUUGAAUUAAUACUCCACUGAUUUGCUUUGUUGUUGGCUGUUUGGACAUUUUGGUGGCUGGAAUUGCUCCCUGGACGUUGCUACACCCUCUCAAUACUCUUAAGCAAGGAAUCAAGACUUCAAAUCAAUGCUUUGAGGGACUAAACCGUGGCUGUCCAGAGCCUUGUGCAAGUAGACAUUUCAUCAAACAGCAACAAUGCUAUUGGAGGUCUUCAACAAUUUUUUGUGGUUGUUGCCUUACCAUGUCUGCAGGUUCCAGCCGUGCUUCAUUUCAUGGUGAUAGCCCCCAUGGAAGUCCUUUUAGCAAGUUUGAUGUGAUGAAGGCUUUCCAACAAAUGCAACAUCAACUUGAUGCUAUGAGCAAGCGGUUAGACGCGGACACAAAGGCUAAAGGGAAGCAAUCUCAUGGUCAUGAGCAUGGUUCAUCCAAGAAAAAGCAAGAAGACAAAGCUUUGGAUCCCAACCUUGCAAUGCCAAAGUUGUCUUUGCCAAGUUUCAAGGGAGAUACCGAUCCUAGUGUAUUUUUAGAGUGGAUAGCUAAAGUAGAACAAGUUUUUAGUUUGUAUGAUGUAGAUGGACCUUUGCGUGUAAAGUUAGCUUGUUUAGCUUUAGAGGGAUACGCCAAACAAUGGCUAAAUAGGAGAUACUUAACCAUGGCCUCACCCGCGAGUACAUGGGAACAUUGCAGAGACAUUUUGUACCAACGUUUCGUACCUCCAUACUACCAUAGGGACCUCUUGAUUAAGCUCCAACGGCUUACUCAAGGUAGACGAAGUGUGGAGGAGUAUGCUCGCGAGCUCAAAGUGCUCCUAUAUCAUACUAACACUAAAGAAAAUGAUCAUGCAAAAAUAGUUAGAUUUAUUAGUGGACUCAAUAGAAACAUCCAAGAUGUUUUGAAACUCCAUGAUGAUGAGACUUUAGAUGUAGUGGUUCAUAGGGCCAUGAAAGUUGAGAAGAAACUCUUGCAAAAAGAGGCUUUUCACAACAAAAUUUCAAAAGAUGUUUUCUACAAAUCUUCAUCAUCAAAGGAUAAAGCCAAGAAUGUUUCUAAGGAACCCACUAACAAAUCUUGUCCUCAUUCUUCUUUUAACCAUUCUUCUUCUAACCAUUCCUCCUCCCCAUCUAAAUCUCCUUCUAGACCUAGCCAUAUUAAGUGUUUUAAAUGUUUAGGGCAUGGUCAUAUAGCAUCUUCUUGUCCUAAUAAAAGGGUAGUGUGCAUUAGGGAAGAAGAAGUUGUCAUUAAUGAGUCUACCUCUUCCUCACCUACACACACUUAUAGCUCUUCUUCCUCACCAAGUGAAGAAAAAGAGAAGGUUAUGCUUCAUUGUUUAAAUAAGGACAUUCAAGAUAACCAAGAGGAGAUAGUAAAAGAAGAACAUGAGAGGAAAGAAAAAGAGGAGAAAGCAAGCAAAGAAAAAGAAGAAAUUGUGAGAGAAAAGGAGAAGGCAAAUAUCCUAAUCACAAAGGAAGUGUUAUUGCAGGCACCUUCCCCUCCCAUCAUUCAACUGGAUCCAAGCUAUGACAGGGGAGUUUUUCCAUCCUUCCACUUUUCUCCAAAUAUUAAGCUUUCUUCUUUUCCUAAAAACUUUUGUGAAAAUAUCCCAUCUUUCUCAUCUCUUAUUACCACUUCUUCACACACCAUUUCCAACCCACAUCUUGAUUUAAUGUAUUCUUUUUUACACUUAACUCAAGACAAAAAUAAAAGUUUUUCUAAAGAAGGAUUUUUAGUUUUCCUUAAACAAAUUAAUCAAAUUUCAAAGACCCAUUCUUUCAAUAUUCCUUUUCCAUAUACAUUGUUUGGUAAACAUCAAUUUAUUCACAAAAAGUUUCUUGAUUUUUUAAGUUCCAUUUUCAUCAUUUGUCUUGUAGUUUUCAUUCUUUCUUUGGCCUCUACCAUGUGCUGUCUUGAUUUGGCUUCUUUGCAUUAAAGUGGAUUGUACAUCUUUCCAUUUGCUUUGGACUUGAGUUGGUGCUCUCAAAGUGGACUUGUGAGACAUUUUACUAUCUUAAAAGAAGGGUGCUGCCCUUUCCUUUUUUUGAGACACUUGCCGUGAGUUUUGAACCAUUUCAUUGCUUUAUUUGAGUGAAACCGUGACCAGAAUUGUGGCUGCUGUAUUGCCGUGAUUUUUCAUUGGUUCUAACCUGUUUUUGGUGUUAGUUUUUUGUGGUUGUUGCCUUACCAUGUCUGCAGGUUCCAGCCGUGCUUCAUUUCAUGGUGAUAGCCCCCAUGGAAGUCCUUCUAGCAAGUUUGAUGUGAUGAAGGCUUUCCAACAAAUGCAACAUCAACUUGAUGCUAUGAGCAAGCGGUUAGACGCGGACACAAAGGCUAAAGGGAAGCAAUCUCAUGGUCAUGAGCAUGGUUCAUCCAAGAAAAAGCAAGAAGACAAAGCUUUGGAUCCCAACCUUGCAAUGCCAAAGUUGUCUUUGCCAAGUUUCAAGGGAGAUACCGAUCCUAGUGUAUUUUUAGAGUGGAUAGCUAAAGUAGAACAAGUUUUUAGUUUGUAUGAUGUAGAUGGACCUUUGCGUGUAAAGUUAGCUUGUUUAGCUUUAGAGGGAUACGCCAAACAAUGGCUAAAUAGGAGAUACUUAACCAUGGCCUCACCCGCGAGUACAUGGGAACAUUGCAGAGACAUUUUGUACCAACGUUUCGUACCUCCAUACUACCAUAGGGACCUCUUGAUUAAGCUCCAACGGCUUACUCAAGGUAGACGAAGUGUGGAGGAGUAUGCUCGCGAGCUCAAAGUGCUCCUAUAUCAUACUAACACUAAAGAAAAUGAUCAUGCAAAAAUAGUUAGAUUUAUUAGUGGACUCAAUAGAAACAUCCAAGAUGUUUUGAAACUCCAUGAUGAUGAGACUUUAGAUGUAGUGGUUCAUAGGGCCAUGAAAGUUGAGAAGAAACUCUUGCAAAAAGAGGCUUUUCACAACAAAAUUUCAAAAGAUGUUUUCUACAAAUCUUCAUCAUCAAAGGAUAAAGCCAAGAAUGUUUCUAAGGAACCCACUAACAAAUCUUGUCCUCAUUCUUCUUUUAACCAUUCUUCUUCUAACCAUUCCUCCUCCCCAUCUAAAUCUCCUUCUAGACCUAGCCAUAUUAAGUGUUUUAAAUGUUUAGGGCAUGGUCAUAUAGCAUCUUCUUGUCCUAAUAAAAGGGUAGUGUGCAUUAGGGAAGAAGAAGUUGUCAUUAAUGAGUCUACCUCUUCCUCACCUACACACACUUAUAGCUCUUCUUCCUCACCAAGUGAAGAAAAAGAGAAGGUUAUGCUUCAUUGUUUAAAUAAGGACAUUCAAGAUAACCAAGAGGAGAUAGUAAAAGAAGAACAUGAGAGGAAAGAAAAAGAGGAGAAAGCAAGCAAAGAAAAAGAAGAAAUUGUGAGAGAAAAGGAGAAGGCAAAUAUCCUAAUCACAAAGGAAGUGUUAUUGCAGGCACCUUCCCCUCCCAUCAUUCAACUGGAUCCAAGCUAUGACAGGGGAGUUUUUCCAUCCUUCCACUUUUCUCCAAAUAUUAAGCUUUCUUCUUUUCCUAAAAACUUUUGUGAAAAUAUCCCAUCUUUCUCAUCUCUUAUUACCACUUCUUCACACACCAUUUCCAACCCACAUCUUGAUUUAAUGUAUUCUUUUUUACACUUAACUCAAGACAAAAAUAAAAGUUUUUCUAAAGAAGGAUUUUUAGUUUUCCUUAAACAAAUUAAUCAAAUUUCAAAGACCCAUUCUUUCAAUAUUCCUUUUCCAUAUACAUUGUUUGGUAAACAUCAAUUUAUUCACAAAAAGUUUCUUGAUUUUUUAAGUUCCAUUUUCAUCAUUUGUCUUGUAGUUUUCAUUCUUUCUUUGGCCUCUACCAUGUGCUGUCUUGAUUUGGCUUCUUUGCAUUAAAGUGGAUUGUACAUCUUUCCAUUUGCUUUGGACUUGAGUUGGUGCUCUCAAAGUGGACUUGUGAGACAUUUUACUAUCUUAAAAGAAGGGUGCUGCCCUUUCCUUUUUUUGAGACACUUGCCGUGAGUUUUGAACCAUUUCAUUGCUUUAUUUGAGUGAAACCGUGACCAGAAUUGUGGCUGCUGUAUUGCCGUGAUUUUUCAUUGGUUCUAACCUGUUUUUGGUGUUAGUUUUUUGUGGUUGUUGCCUUACCAUGUCUGCAGGUUCCAGCCGUGCUUCAUUUCAUGGUGAUAGCCCCCAUGGAAGUCCUUCUAGCAAGUUUGAUGUGAUGAAGGCUUUCCAACAAAUGCAACAUCAACUUGAUGCUAUGAGCAAGCGGUUAGACGCGGACACAAAGGCUAAAGGGAAACAAUUUAUUCACAAAAUGUUUGAUGUUUUUUGUAGGUUAACAUUUGAUCCAGGAGGAGUUCCUUUGGUUUAUACACGAAAUAAGUCACUAAUCUCUCUUUGUUGCAGGUUUUGCAAGAUUCGAGGUCGAAUCCUCUCCAACCUGGGGGGGAUGAUAUGAUCAUAAAUGGGGCAACAAUGAAGAGCUUUCAAAGUGACAACAAGCAUAAAAAAGAGUAGAAUAGGUUUCCUUUAGGCGUGUAUUUGCCUUUUGAUUUCUUUCUCUUAGUUCUUGUGAAUAAUUGCUUAUAAACUCUUCUUUCUCUUUAAGAGCAAGCAAUGUGGGACUAUCCAUGGCUUGAUCUUAAAAAGAAGAGAAGAGAAAGUGAGCAUUCUAGGCGUGUAGGAGUUAGUAGCAUAGCUAGUUUUCAUAUUUUGAACUAUAGGAGAACUAGUUGCCUUAUAAACCCUUUGGAGUGGAGAGAAUUGAGCAAUGUGGGACUCAAAAGUCCCUAGAAGACCUGCAGCAGCUGCUGGACGGACUACACCCUCAAAAGUCCCACAUCUCCUAGAUCUUGCAUCUUAGCUCACUCCAAAGGUUAUAUAAGAAGGCUUAGGGGUCUCCUUUUUGUACACCUUACCUUGAUUCAAUGAAUUUGAGUUGAUUUGCACUUUUGCAA